CCAGAUAAUCGUCCAUCAAUGAAUCAAGUAGUUGAUAAAUUAAAUGCACUUGUAUCGAAAACAAACAUAACAGAAGACUAUCAAAUGAAUAAUUACAAAUCAAAUAACUUUGAAGCUAUUUCUAACUCGUUUCUUAUAAUUGGCAAUAUGAAUAUUAAACCCUACGAUGGCAUAAGUUCAAAAGUAUCAAAG